AUGGAGUUUGUGAAGCAACUAUUCGAUGCUUUCACUACGGACUUUUCUCCUCAUCGUAUGGGCUGCCUACGCAACAAGAACAGCACCAACCCUGACCUGUCCGAUGUGGAGUUGUUCAAGGCCCUGCCGAUGAAAGAUUUGUGGGAAGAUGCAGAUCUGCCUGCAGUCUAUUUCUAUUUGAGACGCAACAAAUAUCUUAUGAUACCUCCUUCUUGGGAAGAUGCAAUCAGUCAGUUUGACAAAGAGUUGGAUGCCAAGGUUGCUGAGGCCAACUUGGCUUCUCUUAAGCAGCAGUUGGCUGCUGAAGAGCCGGCCCCUGUGCCAAGUGCUGUGCCAGGCAUAGGUGCUCCUGACAUUGCAAGUUCGAGCGGGAACUUUGUUCCCGGGGAUGCCACGACAGCCCUGGGAAAUCUUCGACUUCGGCGAUCUGAUACUGUGGAGAUGCUCAAGAAGUCUUCUAAGUACGAAGAGCAAUCUGCGCCCACAGAGAUUUCAAGCACCCCGCGGAAGCCUCCCACCUCAAAGAACCUCGGAUCCAUCGAUAUUGUCGACACCCCGGAGCCCAGUACGAACAAGAAGCCCUCGCCAGCCAGCGGGAGCCAGGCCCACGCUGAGAGGCAGAGCCGCCCGGACGUUAGAAGGCAGCUGUUCCCGCACCGAAGAGCGACCCCCAAGAAGAAGGUGAACACGCCAAAGCCCGAGGGCUACUGGAAGCUACUUGUCUUGUCCAAUAUGAAUACAGCUCGUGUAGUGCAAGCUAUCGAUGUGGAGGGGGUCCUAGAGAAGUGGCACAUCCAGAAGCGGAAGUCCGACGAGAUGGGUGGCAUGGUCACGAAGCAAUGGCUGAUUGAGGUGAGAAAGUUCACCCCGAGCAUGGCGGACAACGCCUUUGAUUGGGCCAGGCGCAACGGCAGACUCUACAAGUCGGAAAUCCAUGGAGAAGAAGAGGCUGAUAUUCCGCUUGAGUGGACGUGGAAAACAUCUAGUGAGUCAGGGCAGAAGACUGGCUUUUCGAGCUCCUUCAGCAUGGACGCGACUAGCCGCAUAAGUGGAACAGAUCCGAACUGUGCCCUCCUCGACGCGGAGAACGAGGACCUGGGCCGAACAACGCGAGCCCGCCAGGGCGAGGCCACGAGUGACUCCGUGGCUACGGCUCAGGCUGGGGCUUCUUUCAAGAUGUGCUUCCCCAGCUUGCAGCAGAAUGCCUCCCCCCUGGGCCUGUUAUCCUCCUACAUUUGUGUGCUGGGCAAGAAGAUUGACCUGGCCGAAACGGUGAAGGUUUCUGCAAAGUCGAUCGCCUUGGGCAUAUGCUUUGGGCUCGCACAGAAUGUGCAGACCUGUUUGGUGGAUAUGAAUGAGUGCUACAAGAAGUUGACGCAAGCGCAAGCCUCCGCAGCUACCACAGACAACGAGAAGGAGCUUGCCAGGUGCAAGGGGAAUGGUGGUGGCACCCCGGCCAAACCCAAGGCCCGACCCAAAGCCAAGGGAAAGGCCAAGGCUGUGGCAGCAAAGGCUCCUGCACGCGGGAAGAAGCGUGCCAGGAGAUAUGAUGUGGAGUGCUUCGAUAAAAGUCCUGGAGAUCUGGAUGAGGAUGACAAUCAGGAAGAUGGCUUUAUGGACGAGCUCCUGUCGGGGCUGUCUGGCGGGGGCUACGCGAUCGCACAUUGCAAUUGCUGGGCAAAUGUUCAGGAUCUUCCGAUGCCAACACCUGUCGGUUGCUACAAGGGCACCAUAUAUCCCAAGUGGAUGCCUGGCAGCGCGAUCUUCAAGAAUUCUGGGACCGCUACCAGCUCCUAG